UGACCCUGCUCUCUCCAGUCCCUUUUCUCUGUCCUUCACACAGCGAUACCACUGCGCAAACUGGAUACAUUCAUCACAGUACGACGGAUACGGAAUGCCCACUUUCGAGUUCUUCAACCUCGCCAAGCCUUUAUGACGACCACUAGUGACUAGUCAGUCUGGGUCUCCCCGGAUCUUGGUGCCCGGGGAAUAUGGGCUCGACCCCUUGGCGCCGUUCGUGUCUUUGGAUCCCAGUCAGCAAAAGUGCACUACACGUAUUAAUAUGUACGCCCGCAAACCAUGCAAACAAUGGCAGGGGAUCCCAUGAUAGACGCGAAGAUCAGUAUGGAGUACAAAGUAAGGGUCUGGGGAGCAGUAAAAUUACGAAGCUAUACUCCGUACAGCAAAUUACCCGGACUCUUCCCCCCAGACGGCGUUCAAAGAGCACAGAUGGAUGGUACGGAGUAAUUAUAGACUCGGACUAUUAUUUGGCUCCAACGGUGGGGAACGCCUCACGGUGGUCAUGCAAUGCGAGGAACUCCGACGAUGAUGGUCUGAGCGGAACACUUCAUAUUGGGUCCUCGCUCGGCGCUCGAGCAAUGCCCGUUAAAAACUUGAGCAUGGGUCCAAGGAGAAGGCUAUAUCGGAGAGUGCAGGUACUAAGUGGACUCUAGAUCGGCUUAAGCACCUGUUAAAGUAGCUUACGUUAUAGUUGGCGGACCGCGUGACUCUCUGGCUUUAAUGUCGACUCUGGGGUAGGCGGGUCGAGUACGGAGCUCUGAUACCUAUACUUGAUAAUAGACGCUGUUACUUAGCGCUACGGUCCGUCGCGAUACAGAUACUAUAUAGGGAGAGCUUAGGAAGUAGUGAGUACUCUUAGAUAUCUAUCCCCCC